CUCGCGGACAUUGGGAUUGGGCGUCCCCCUAUGACGAUAUCAGUAACGCGACUCUAGAUCAGAAAGGAAGUGAAAUGACUGGCGCUGAUCUUAUGUAGGUCACCAACUUAGCCGAGCCUGAGCCACACUGGUACUAGUCGUACUGGUAUGACUACCUCGAUGUCGCAGGAUAUUAAUAUUCCUCGCAAUAUAUACCAAAUCAUUUCUCUGCUGGAUCCCUCAAUCCACAGUGGUCUGUGUUCAGCUAUCGGGACGCCAGCUCAACAACGUAACUAUCCGUGAUGCAUUGCACGUCUAGCUUGGAUCAAUUGGCCGACGACAUCCUCAUACAGAUACUUCAGACACUGUCUGUGCGAGGAAUAUUGACACUGCGAUGCACCUCCAAACGUUACUAUUCUCUGUCUAAGCUUCACUGCGUUUGGUAUGCGGUGUUCUGUGCUGAAGUAUUGGCCCGCCACCUUCCUCCCCCCGGUCCUUCGAGUUCAUGCUCUCUCAGUGCUCUGUCUUCCGCAGAUCUAGAGUAUCGGACCUUAUUAGCUCUUUCUCUCGAGAGACGUUGGUCACGAUCCAAGGCCAAUGUCAUUGUUUCGAACAGAGAACGAGAGACUGUCGACCAGAUCGUACUUGUCCCUGGAGGAAUGCAGGUCUUGACGGUUCAUGGAAAUAAAGUGGUGUGUCGGCUCAUCUCCGGCAAACCAGGCUCGUACGAGCUUCAAAAUAUUGGAGCAUGGUCAUUACCGGGUGACGAUACAUGCAUAAUUGUGAAGGACAUGGAGCGCCAGGGAAUCAUUGCCAUCGGCUCUAGAGACAAUCCAAAUCGACGUGCUACAGUAUUCUCGCUCUCCUUGAAGCCUGUUCUCAACAAGCUUUGCGACUACUCACUUAUCCCUGGUACUGUCGCAGGGAUUUCACGGCACCUCCUUUUCCUGGAUACUACAUCACAGAAGGAUGGGGGCGGCCUCGAGGUCCUAGACUGGCACGCUAAGACAGAAGGCACUGCCCUUCUCCCGCGUAUACCCGAUCUGUUCGGUGCCUUCCUAGACUUUGUCCAUUUCUCAGACCAUAUACUUGUAAUGUGGGAGGCAUGCAUUAGCGUGUUCCCGGUGCCCGACGUACCAGCUAAAGGACGAACUGUGGUGGCGCAUACCAAAGUAUUCAUGUUGUAUGAGCACAUCAGCUCGCCUAUCGCCUUUACAACUUGCGUUUCUCGAGGUUGGUCUGGUGCAGAUGCUCCAAUGUAUGCACCAUCACAGGAAUCACCUUCCCUUACAAUCGCUUCCAGAGGCAAAUCGGGCGGGAUUUCUCUGUCGAUGCUUAUCUCGCUAGAUAACGACGAGGAUCCAUCCAGUUUCCCGUACCGGCUUCUCCGACUCUCUCCGGUCGUUCCGGACGUAACACAAGAUUUAGGGGGGUGCACGCAGAUAUGCCUGGGGUCGUCGGGGCGCGGGUUGUUUGUGUUUGAGGGGAAGGUGCGACUUUGCGGACCAGGUCUAUUGUUCAUGCCCCCGUGUGAGAUGCAGUUCGGUCCUGAGUUUGAGACGGAAAGGGUUGUAUAUGAGAUUGAAACCGGUGAUGUUGUUGGUGGAGACCAGGUCGACUUUGACGAGGGGAUGGGACGACUAGUUGUUGCGAAGGGAAGCGGGGGCUUUGAUGUGGUGCAGCUGCUGUGACUGACUGACUGCUGAAUUUGAAGUGUUUGCGAUCUCUGUUUCUUGUAAAAUCUGUAUAGUAUCCAUUAGUUUUAACGUUGUAUAGUACUUGAGACAGUUUUACAUAAAUAACGUUCCAGAGUAAUCAACGUUAACUGAGCGU